CGCAUGCGCUGUCGAGAGCGUCCAGAGUAGUGCGUUUCUGUGACUCUGAGGGAGAGCGAGCUGGGUUGAGGCGGCGGCGGCUGUUGCUGCUGCCAUGUUGUUCUCCGCUCGUUUUCGGACUGCCUUUCCACGCUUGGUGACACAUAUUCGCUGCCUUCAUACAUCAACAAAAUGCAGAAGUGGUGGUGGAACUCUGUUUGUGCACAGAGAUACUCCUGAAAAUAACCCAAAUACCGCAUUUGAUUUCACUCCUGAAAACUAUAAGAGGAUAGAUGUAAUAGUAAACAACUACCCAGAAGGACACAGAUCUUCAGCAGUGAUCCCAGUCCUGGAUUUAGCUCAAAGACAACAUGGAUGGCUACCUAUAUCAGCUAUGAAUAAGGUUGCUGAGAUUCUACAAAUGCCUCCUAUGAGAGUUUAUGAAGUAGCAACUUUUUAUACAAUGUUUAAUCGUAAGCCUGUUGGAAAGUAUCAUAUUCAAGUCUGCACUACCACACCUUGCAUGCUUCAAGACUCAGAUAGUAUAUUAGAAGCCAUUCAGAAGAAGCUUGGUAUGAAGGAACACUUAAUUUUCCUGUAUCAUGACUCUGUUCAUGUUGUAUUGGCUUUUCUUAUUAACCCAAUUUGUAUUUUACUCUGAAAGCAUAUUUGCGGG